AUGAAAAAAAUAUAUUUAUUAGAAGGUUCUAAGCGUUCUUCUCAUAGCAAUGCUUAUUUCUAUGGAUUCUUCAAGAAUAAGCGGAUAGUACUCUUCGACACCCUCCUGGAAGAUUAUUCUGCAUUGAACAAAGAGACAGCAGAAGGAGAAGAUGGUGAGAAUGAAGAUAUGAAGUCUAAAACCAAAAAUAAGAAACAAGGAUGUAAAAAUGAAGAAGUACUGGCUGUACUUGGUCAUGAAUUGGGUCACUGGAAACUAGGUCACACCGUCAAAAAUAUUAUCAUCAGCCAGAUGAAUUCCUUCCUCUGCUUUUUCUUGUUUGCCGUGUUAAUUGGUCGAAAAGAACUCUUUGCUGCAUUUGGUUUCUACGACACCCAGCCUACCCUGAUAGGACUGAUGAUUAUUUUCCAGUUCAUUUUCUCACCUUACAAUGAGGUUCUGUCAUUUUGUUUGACUGUAUUAAGCCGACGAUUUGAGUUUCAAGCAGAUGCAUUUGCCAAGGAACUUGGGAAGGCUAAAGACCUGUAUUCUGCUUUGAUCAAGCUAAACAAAGAUAAUUUAGGAUUCCCUGUUUCUGACUGGAUCUUUUCAAUGUGGCAUUACUCCCAUCCACCCCUUUUAGAAAGACUGCAGGCCUUGAAAGAUGCAAAGCAAGAGUGA